UCAUAUGUUUAUAUGGCGCUCGGCGACGGGAUACACUUUUUUAUAACUUUCUGACAAAACAUUGAUUUUACCAAUGUUAUAGAAGGAAUAAAUUUACAUAAUCGUGCAUAAUAGAACAUUUUAUAGCCACCUUUAUAAUAAAUUUAAUAAUGGGUUGUGGGGGUAGUAAAACGACAGAUAACAGUGACAAUACGGGACCCAGAAGUCCAAAAAAAUCAAAUUCCCCAAGUCCAAAGAAAAACAAUCCAAAUGAUGAACAUCUCCAUGGUAAAACAGAGACAUGCGAGGCAAGUGAACAUGAAAGUAGCAAGGAUGCCGAGGAAGUGAAGUAUGAAGAUGAACCAGUUGAACGAAUGAAGACUGAAGAGGAACCACCAAAUAAACUUCCUCUGGGCGAUUAUGGAGACGGACGCUUGGGUGUUGCUACAGAAGAUGUCAUGAUUGAAAAACUGAAAGUUUUGUCUGACGAUGAAUUGUACUGUGACGCAGAUUUCCCAGCAGACAAUGAGGCCCUUUAUUAUUCAGAAGGACGGGUAGAUCCAGAUAUAGAGUGGAAGCGACCAAAGGACAUACUGGAGGAUGGCAAAGAACCAAGACUAUUGGUGGAUGGAGUCAGUAAGGAGGACAUCAAACAAGGUGAACUUGGGGACUGCUGGUUUCUUUCCUCCUGUGCUGCAGUUUCACAACAAGAGAGGUUCAUGAAAAUGAUUUUCCCAUGUAACCAGCCUCUUAGUGGUCCAGGGUACAAGGGUGCUGUCAAAUUUAAAUUCUGGAGGUUUGGCGAAUGGAUUGAUGUCCUGAUUGAUGAUCUUCUUCCAACAAAAAACAACCAGCUCGUAUAUGCACGCUGUUCAGAUGAGACUGAAUUCUGGGUGGCAUUACUCGAGAAAGCGUAUGCAAAAUUGCAUGGCUCAUAUGAAGCUAUAGAGGGAGGCCAGUCUAUGGAUGCCCUGGUUGAUCUGACUGGAGGACUAGGGGAGAUAUAUGACAUUUACAAUAACCCAGACAAUAAAUUGUACCAGAAAUUCAGAAGAGCUCAAAAAGCAGGUUCUUUCAUAGCUUGUUCUAAGAAGGGUGACUGGAGAUCAUCAGACCAUGCUGAUAAAAAUGGUUUAGUGUCAGGGCAUGCCUACACUAUCACCGGAGUUGCAAGGAUUAAACAGGAAGGAGCUGGUUUCGAAAAGUUGAUCAGAGUUAGAAAUCCAUGGGGUGAUUCAACAGAAUGGAAUGGGCCAUGGAGUGAUGGGCAUUCAAACUGGGACAACGUGGAUGAUAGUGUUAAGAAAGCCGUAGGAUUUACUGAGAAAGGAGAUGGUGAAUUCUGGAUGAGCUUUGAUGAUUUCUGUGCCCAAUUCAACCAAGUGACCAUCUGUACCACAGGACCAGAUUUUGAUGGUGACGGAGAUGCCGACCAAGGAGGGUGCAUCAUGUAUGAACAUGGUGAGUGGAAAGAGGAUACAGCAGGGGGAUGUAGGAAUGACCUUGACAGUUUCGCAACCAAUCCACAAUUUGACCUUCACAUCACUGAUGUUGAUGAUGAUGAUGAUGAAGAUGAGGAUGAGACAAAAGGCAAAGCGUGUGUUGUGAUUGCUCUAAUGCAAGAACAUAGGAGGUCAAAGAGGCACAUGGGGGUUAAGGAGCUACAGAUAGGAUUUGUCCUUUAUAAGUGUGAAGAUGGAUCGCAGAAACUUCCAAAGAAACAUUUUAUGUACAACUAUGACGCUGGAAAAUCAGGAACAUAUAUCAACCUACGGGAAGUUAGUGCAAGAUUUGACCUUGAGCCUGGCCACUAUAUGGUGAUACCAUCAACGUUCAACAAGGGAGACACUGGGAAGUUUAUGAUGCGUGUGUUUGCUGAGAAAAAGAUUGGCUUUAAGGGACCAGUAACAGAGUAAAAUAAUUCAAGAGAAAACAAUGAAUCUCAAUCCCAAAGGAAUACUGAAGUGCAAAUUAUAGAUAUAGAUAUUAGCUAACUGUGAUACAAACUGACCUCUUCAAAAAGAAUAUUUUCUUGUACACAUGGAGAGGAAUCAGCAUUAAAUGAUGCAUUUGUGCAUGAUACACAUCUUACUAUAUAUGACUAUAUACAGAGUUUAUUUAUACACAAUGUCACAGGGUGGUUAGAUCAGUAGAAGAUAUCAGUAAGGGUCAAGUAAUACUAAUGAAACAAAAGGUAUCUGAGCUCUAAAUGUUUAGUUACAUUUUCAGGGUAGGGGGAGAGGGGUCAAUCCAAAUGUUAUUAAUCAUUGGGACAAUUUUGAAAUUUUGACCUGGUCCCUCACAACCGAGGAGUGUUAUAGAAGUAUAAAUAUAACUUGAAGUCAAUGUACA